AACACGGAAAACGCUCUUUUAGACAUCUCUCUCAUUUCCAUUUCUCACAAUCCCUGCAUGUCUCUCUCCUCCCACUCCUUUACCUUUCCCCUGAUUGAUACAGAUGGCUGCUCCUCUCAUCGGAGCUCUAUCGCUUUUCCACUUUCAACACCCUUAUUUUCAAGUUGCCACUUGUUUAUUAACUCAUCGGUCCUGGUGCUGCGCCAUCGAUUUAACUAGUCCAGACAACGCUUCCUCCUCUGUUUGCCAAAUAGCAGCAGCAGCAGCAGCACUAAGCGCUAAAGACCCACCCAAGUACCUGAGACGGGAUGACCCGAAGUUCGAAAAAUGGAAACAGAAAGAAGCGGAAAUACUCAAAGACAUCGAGCCCAUUAUUUAUCUAACCAAAGAAAUCCUGCACUCAAAUAGCCUGGAAGAUGUUGUGAGGCCAUUUUAGUGGUUCGAUAGUACAGGGUAGGAUAUAGCAGCAAUGUUAUUCUUUUGCCAUGCUGCUAUGUACUGCUAUGGGGAUGAUACAGGAUUGUAGAUAUUUCUCUCUUACGGAUAUUACAUGAACUUGUGGAUGUGACGCCUUUCUGCUCUAGAAUGAACUCUAUUGAGCAAUUGAGGAAUCUGAUUAGUCAUUUUUACAUAAAGAAAUAGGGAGGUCAAAUUCUGUUGCCACAUGUUUUGGCCCUUGUUCUUGUUUCCGUGCUUGUGAUAUGUAUAAUCUUUACAAACCUUGUAAUUUUUUGUUUUAAAACUUGUGUUUACUGAGAUUGGUGAAAUGGAACAAUUAGUCACGUCAAA